AUGGCCUUCACUUCUACCUCAUUCGUUCUCUUGACGAUAUUGAUUACUGCUUACUGUAGGUGCCUUGCUGAGAUUAUUCGUCGCCAAGAGUUUGAUUCCGUGUUCUCGCGAUGGUGGAAAGUAGUUUCUUGCGAUGCUAAAUGCUUACGCUUGGAGGAACUUCGAUUGCGACGUAAAUUCGCCCGUCCUCUAAAACAGCAUGUGCUCCACGCAAUGUUUGGUCAGCUGGUCAGCACAAGCCUCCCACGAUGGCAACAAACACAUGGUUGCCUAGCCGUAGAGUUGGCGAAGCGCUGUCGAUCUUUAUCUGCUAAUCGUCCAAACUACAGACACAGUGUGUGCACAGUCUCCGAACCCUACUCUCUUCUCGCCGGAGGCAUGCCUCAAAAUGUCGUCCAUCCCGGCUAUCCUUCGGCUGCGUACGGAUUUUCUGUCACUUGCUCCCUUGCAGCUAAUCAUUCGCGCCAACAUCGCCGAACCGCCCAAACUGGCCGCGGCCUGUUACCACCUCUGCUUGCUACUACGGAUGGCGACGAAGAUUCUGUCAACGAGACCGAGACCCAGGCUUCUCUUGUGACGACUGAGUCACCAGUUCGUUCUGAGCGAAGACUGCUCGGUAGAGACUACGGCGCAGGCAACCGGGGAAGUCGUGGUGGCCUCGUAUCCGCUUCAGUUUCCGAGCCACAACUGACUCGGAUUGACUCUCUGGCUCGAGUACCGUCCGGACGACUCACCGGGCAUCGUAGGCCCCACCAAAUGCAUCUCCUUACUCGUCGCGUACAUCGGCCAGUUUCCACCGGUCUUCGUGUAAGCAGUGGUGAGGCGGUGCCGGCUCCGGCAGUUGCUACGUUUACAUCUUCGGGCGCUGCGACUUGUGCAUCUGCAGCGACAGCGAAGAGGAAGCAUCCAAUGUUGCUUCUUCAUUCAUCGCCUGAUCGCUGCGUCACGCGUAGUCCCUUCGAAGCGGACGAGGAGGGUGAUGAAGAUAAAGAAGCGGGGGAUGAAGCAGAAGACGACGAUGAGGGGGAGGAGGAUGGAGACGAAGAUGAAGAGGACGAGGAAGAGGAAGAGGAGGAAGAAGAAGAGGAAUAUUUAAGUCGAGAUGUUGAUAUCACUGGAUAUUGUGAGGAUUUAUUCGCCGAAAGUGGUUCUGCCUCGAGUCUGAAGGCUUCUUCAUCAGCCAAGAGGAGGGAUGGGGCUUUGUCUACGGAAUCUGUUCAAAAGGUGAGAUUGAGGCCGCCCGCCAACCGCCUGCGAAGUCCACCUUCUACUGGAGCAGCCUCGCUUCUCUCACAGCCAGCCACUGCCGUCGGCUCUUCGGAACUGGCGCCUCCGUCGAAAAUCGGACAGGUCCUCAUUUCUCAGCUUCCGCCGCAGAAACGGCAGUCUCCAACAGCAAUUGCCGCCACCUGCGUGGGUACUGAGGCUGUUAGUGGGGGUAGUAUUCUCUCCUCCAGCUCAACAGGCCGGGGCGCUACGGCUGGAGCUAGAGCCGGAGACCUAGAGGCCUGGAGGUCUGGAGCCAGGACGAAUGAUUUCUUUAUAUCCGAGGACACUGAAGAAACGACUGCCCGUAGUCAUGGCCUGAUGGGCAGUAGUCAACUGCCAAGCAUCAGUCGUGAAGAUCUUCGUCAGCUGGCCUCCCGUCUACCCGAACACCUUGCCUCUAUUCUACGCUCCGAGCUACAGCUUGCACCUGACGAGGCUGACUUUACUCAACCAUCCGAUGGCGUGGCUCCUUCCUAUCCGUUCUCUCUUCUUGGGCCUGUAGCCAGUCGGAUUUUCUCACGAUACAUUGCAGCCUCGAAUCGAUGCCAGCCAGUUGUGCCCGACAUCCAGACGACCGUUUCUACCAGUAUUGGCGCAAAAAGGGCAUUAUGCGAGGCCAGUACUUCAGCUGAUUCCUCUUUCUUGCUUUCUAUUCCUAUUACCACUAAUUCUGUGGCUACCAAUACUUUUACUGAUUAUUCAGAUGAGCAAGCAGAGUCGGCGUGUCAGACGACUGCUUUGAGUGCCUACGAGAAGGAGGCUACUACGAAGAAUGUCCCUGACAUUUGCUUACAACCUACUGAAGAGGUAGUGGGCGAAGAAAAGCAAGUUAAUCCGGAUUUAACUAAAGCAAGCCCAGAUGCUCGAUAUCCAAUCGAGGCUUCUUCCCAGACCUCGGAGACUGUUUCACGAACCCAACUUUCCUUUGUCAACCUGCCUAGUAUACUGAUUUCCCCAGGGUAG